AGAGUUGAAAAGUGUGGGAGUAAACUAACCCAGUGAGAUCUGCAGACAUGUCUGGCAAGCCAGUGUGCAUUGCAGAUUUUGAGGAGUAUGCUAAAAACUUUCUGCCCAAAUAUGUGUAUGAUUAUUACCGAUCUGGGGCGGAUGACCAGGAAACCCUAGCUGAUAAUGUCGCAGCGUUUUCCAGGUGGAAGCUGUACCCGCGGGUGCUCAGGGACGUGUCAGUGAUGGACCUGUCCACCUCUGUCCUGGGCCAGAGGGUCACCGUGCCCGUGUGUGUGGCUGCCACGGCGAUGCAGCGCAUGGCUCACCCCCACGGAGAGACGGCGACCGCCCGAGCCUGCCAGGCCAUGGGGACAGGGAUGAUGCUGAGCUCCUGGGCCACGUCCUCCAUUGAGGAGGUGGCAGAGGCAGCCCCGGCCGGCCUUCACUGGCUGCAGCUCUACGUGUACAAGGACCGGCAGGUGACGGCGUCGCUGGUGAGGCGCGCCGAGAGAGCCGGCUACCAAGGGAUCUUCGUCACCGUGGACACCCCAUACCUUGGCCGGCGCCUUGCCGAUGUGCGCAACAAGUUCCAGCUGCCCCCGCACCUCAGGUUAAAAAAUUUCUCGAGCAGUGAGCUGGCAUUUUCCUCGGGGAAGGACUUUGGAGAGAACAGUGGGCUGGCUGUGUACGUCGCUGAGGCCAUCGAUGCCACUGUCAACUGGGAGGACAUCAAGUGGCUGAGGGGGCUGACCUCGCUGCCCAUUGUGCUGAAAGGGAUCCUCAGGGCUGAUGAUGCCAAAGAAGCUGUAAAGAUUGGGGUAAAUGGGAUCCUGGUGUCGAAUCAUGGAGCACGACAGCUUGAUGGUGUCCCUGCUACUAUUGAUGUCUUGCCUGAAAUCGUGGAGGCUGUGGAGGGGAAGGUGGAGGUGUUCCUGGAUGGUGGUGUAAGAAAAGGCACAGACGUUCUCAAGGCACUGGCUCUUGGUGCCAAAGCUGUUUUCAUUGGGAGACCUGUCCUCUGGGGACUGGCUUAUCAAGGUGAAGAAGGAGCAAAAGAAGUUCUCCAGAUGCUGAAGGAAGAGUUUCGCCUGGCAAUGGCACUGACAGGAUGCUGGAGAGUAGAAGAAAUUGGCAGGACACUGAUCCGAAGACAUCAAGUAUUGUUUUCCAAGAUUUAGGUCUGAAGACUCUUGCCUUGUGUGUUGCCUGUUGUGCUUCCAGACAAAAUUCAACUGCAUUCCCUCUGUGGGCCUCCUCCUGCAAUCCUGACUGAGGGAACGCUCCGCUCUGUAAGAAAUCACUUGUUGAAGAAAGAACUCAAAGCAAAUUUUACAGGUGUUUCCAAAUCUCUUGGGCUCUUAAGGAAAGCUGCUACACUGGGAGGUGUGAUUAGAGAUGGGCCUUUAUACAAGACCAGCAUAAAAAUGUCAAGGUGUUUUGCAACAAAUGCUGAUAAUUAAUUUCCAUGCCUGGGAGUAAUUUAGCUAUUGAAGUGAAACUAUAAACAGAAAUGCUGAAAUUUAAAAUGCAAAAGAUGCCUCUUGCUCACUGUUUAGAGAAACUAGACUGUAGAUUGUAGAGAUUAAAUCUUGCUUUCUUAUGAACAAAGUGUCCUUUCCCUAGUGACUUUAUAAGCAUCUGGGCUUGUGGCACGUAGGCUGUAGGAGCCCAGAGGACUUUUCAUUGUAAGAAACCAAAAAGCAAAGAAAAAUUGGGGAAACUUGGGGAAAUUCAGCUGUUUAAGUGGCACAAGCCCUCUGCAAUCAGACAGCUGUUAUGUACGUGCGUUGGAUAUAUGUCACAUCCUUGGCUGCAAAUCCCCGUAGCCCAAACUGUGCCAGCUGCCUCCACCUGGAGCUCCAAGUCACAUUUUUCACCUGGACUGAUUUGCUAAUAGUGGCAAGGGAAGGCUGACGCUGCCUGGGAGAGUUUGUAGAAUUUGCAGCCAUGUGUAAAAGGGAAACUUGAAUAAUUGAGGCAUUUACGCAUGAUUUGGGAAGAGCCUAGUGGCUCUGUUAAGUUUCCAUGCACACCCUUAAGUCAGAUAAAUCUUGAUGUUCUUCACUCUGCUCAUGAGGAGGAUGUGGAGACAUGCAAGAUCUGUGCCUCUCUUCUAUGAACAACCCAAAUAUCCACUGAAUUAAUGAGAAAUUUUGCAACUGUAAAGAAAAAAGGAGAUAAGAUUAUAGUGUUUUCUUCUUGGGUAAACCCAAGGCUAGCUCUUCACCUGUCUCACCUCCCUUGCAGGUAUGGCAGUUUUACAGGGAGCAGGGAAAGGCCACACAGGUUUUGAAUAUCUUGCUGUGAAAAUUUAAUGUUCAUUUUAAAAGAAGACUAAAGAAGAUAAAAACCCCUUAAUUUCAUGAUUUCACUGACAUCACCAGCUCCACCAUUUGUUUCCCAUCAGCCUCAUGCAUUCUGACUCUCCCGCUUUGCUCAGUUUGAAAUAUCCCUUACUGAGCUUUAGAGGCAGCUUUGUAAUAAAAUGAUGGAAUAUUAUAAUGUGAACUAAAGCUGGGGCUGGAACUCAAAAUGGGGAGAAAACCCAAAAGGCCACAUGCUUGCCCUCCAGUUGUAAAAUUUGUACUCUUAUUUACUGCAGAAUGUGGUCUGUUGUGUGAGAGUUGCGUAGCAACAAAAUAAAGUUUAUCUGUGCAGGGAAAUAUGAAUGUUUCUCAGAGAACAGAGAAACAUAAUUUCUGCUGUUUCCUGCACUUAUCAUAUCUGUUGCAAUGUGGACUGUGUCAGAUGUCAAUUACAGACUAACUUCGGCAAGACUGUUUAUUUAAGAUAAUAUAAAUGUUACUUAAAAGAGAGGGGCGUAAUAUCUUAUGUUUACAUGUUUAAGAUCUAUUUCUAAAGCUCAGAAGAUGCAGUUUCCUGUCUUUGCCCCAGCCAGAUUCGAGGAAAAUUCUGAAACUCUGUUGUUCAGUAGAAGUUCUGAUGGUGAAGAAACUGGUUUCUUUACUUGUGUGUAAUUCAUAGUUUCUAGUUCCUCUGGGAUAAGGGGUUUACAUUGUUUUUUCCCUGCCUGUUAUCUGAGAAUCAUCUGACUGCCUUCCAGUUCAACCCUAGUAAGACUAGACAAGCAUAAAAACCAAAAUUAGAGCCAAAUACUUAAAGGCCGUAAGACUGUUAACAGAAAGUAAAUUAAUUUUGUCCAGUGGAAUUCUCUUUUUAAAAUAUUCCACAGUGAAGAUAAUUUAUUUUGAUUUUGAGACAGCCAAAUAUAACUACUUCUUGAAAUUAUUAAAUAAUUUUUAAAAAAGGUAAAAAUUCUAUUUGGUUUGGGUUAAAAAGCGAAAGACUGAGUGCCCUGAACCAUUUUAAAAGCUGAACAAUGACCAGGCUAAGAAAAAAAAAAUCUAUCUCCACAUUUGCUUCAUCUGGAGAAGCUGAGAAAAAACCAGAGCACACAGGUGAUAGUAGAUAUUCCAUGGUUUGUGAGAGUGUUUCUGAGGAGAACAUAAGUAAUGUAACAAAAAAAGUAGGUGUUUAUGAAAUAUGUAAGUAGAAAAUUAUUUGUCUUAAGUAACACAUGAACUCAACACAUUUUAGGAACAAUUAGUCAUAGUCCUUAGAUCAAGGUACAGAAGUAGAGGGGAGCAGAAAUGUUUUGCAUUUAUGAUGCUUUAGUGUAACUGCCUACCCAAAUAUCAAAUAACAAACAUGAUGGGUUUAAUAGCGAAAUUAUUUUCUGGCUUUACUUUGGCUUCAUACUGAGUCACAAAUACAAAGAAAAAUUAUCUACAUAGAAAAAACCUAGUAAGGGGAGUGAUAUUUCAGUACCCAGAAAGACAACACUCACCUGGUGUGCUGGGUACUGAGAAAAAUCCCAACUGGUUUGGGAGGCUGGUGAAUGAUCAGUAACUGAAUGGGUUUCUUUAAUCACCUCCCAGGAUGGACCAGGAACAUUCCCUGGAAAAGGAGAUUGCAGCUUUUAAUGAGAAAGUAUUUAUCACAUGUUUUGUGAAGAGAGAAGAGACCGAAAGCAAAAUCUGAGGGUAUGAAAGAGGAGGAUGAUCUGGUGCUGUUUAGGAGAAAGUGGUACUUCCCAAGAGGUUCAGAUGAAAGGCAGGCUCUUACACACUGGUGUUUCAUGUUCAGUCUGUGUGUGGAUUUCUCUGCUGCUGGCAGUUCAGAAAUUCCCUUUUUGGAAGCAUUGCUACAAAGUUGUCUCCUUAGCCCCAGUGAGCUCCUGGAGGAUUAAACCCACUGAAAAGUGUAGAAGAGGGUGGCAUUCUCCACAAAAUAUGCAGAAACCAGUCAGGAGGUUUGGAGAGGCUUCAGCCCUGGUUUGGGAUCUCAGCAACUGAGAUCAAGACAUGCAUUUUUAGCACUAAGUUCUAAAUAAAUCAAUCUAUUUUAAAGUGGCAAGGUCAGUGAAAUGUUUUCUGGACAGCUGAUAUUGAGGCUGGACAUGCAGGGAGCAGGGUUCUCCUAAGAAAAAUAAAAACAGCAUCCUUCUCUAAAAGCCCACCUUGAGCAGGUUUGGCUGUGCUGGGAACAUCUUUACCAUGAGGGUCUGGCAGUUUAACUCAGCAGAGGAGAGCACAGAGGUGCAGGACUGUAGGCUGGCUCAGCAGAUGGCAGCAGUCAGCCAAGGGCUGUGAGAACAGGUGGAGGAGGAGGAGGUUACUGUAGCUUCAGGACAGAUUUUCCUCUCUCUCUUACUUGCCUAUCAGUCCUUUGAAGCAGAUACCUGCUGCUUUCCGAAUGUUUGGAGUGUGCACACAGGGUGGAGAAUCUAGUAAGUAAAUAACAGAAGUCAUAAUUCAGUGCACUGGAGCUGAGGAGCUGUGAAAGACAUGAUCUGUUUUCUUGUGACCUCCACCUCUCGCUGUGACUCCAGGACACAUUAUUGUGUUUUAUUUUCACUAGUGGCCAAGUCAAACAAAUAGCUCUGCAACUGCUAAGAACUCCACCCCCAUCCCCAAUUUUCCAGGUUGAACAUGAAACUUGUCUGUCUUACUGGGAAUUUCUGAACAUAAAUAAACAGACACUUAGAGUAACUCGCCUUGAUAAAUGGGCAGUGUAGGUCGGGGCCUGCUGGUUAUGCAGGCGACUCAAAGAUGAAGCCGAGCUGGGGAAGUAGGCAGGAAUGGCUCUGCUUUUCUUGGCUUCUCAAAUGGUUUUCAGGCUGAAAUCAAAUACUUGAGUGCAUGAGGAAAGCUGGCUUCUGAAGUCAUGAUUUUGCACUGAACCUCACUGUAAGGAUAUCUCUUAUAAAGCUAGUUUUGAUGUGGAAAUUUGGCUUCAAACCACACUGAAGGCCAUUAUAAACAACUACUUCAUCACAGGACACACAGAAGUUGGCUUCCUUGAACACUCCUAGAAAGCAAGCCGAACCUUAUUGAGCCAUAACCUCAGCUAGUGUAAAUCAGAGCAGCUCCAUUGACUUCAUUAGUUUAUACUGAUUUACACCAGCUGUGACUGCAGCCCACAAUACAGCAAGAUAUGUCAGCUUUUAAAUUCUGUCACUGGGUGUUGAACAAAACUGGUUUUAAAACAAAACUGGCAAUCCCAGAUUUAGAUCCUAAUGAGAUGCAGCGCUGUAAUUGUUUCAUGAUGCUUAUAUGCUCCAUUUUGUUUUCAUUUUUGCAUUGCUUCUGUUUUUCUUAUCUCCUGCCAAACAGAGGAAGAGUAUCGCAUAUGUUACAUUCAUAACAAAGAUGUUUUGCUGCAUCAAGAACACAUCUUCCAGAUGCAAAAUGCCUUUGUGUUGUAGCUCAGCUUCUUCCUUUGCAUAGGUACAUUGGUUAUGUGCAAUAUAAGAAUGUCCUUGAGGGCAGCCCUGUGUUUCCCUGGGGCCUGAGCUCUGGAAAGGGGCACCCAGAGGGUGUCCCAGGGGAACUUCAAAGAUCUGAUUCCCCCUUAGGGAUUUCCAGCUCCUAUCUCAUCAUUCCAGGUGGGUAGGAUGAAUUAUGUCCAAGAGCACCCUGAUAGGACCGCCCUGAGACCAUCAGUACUCUGUCACAGACCUUCAUGGUGCUCAAGUAAUUAUCCACACUGAGUAAUCAAUUGGCACCUCUUAUGGUGUGGAAGGAUGGGGGUUGCAUACAGAUGAAUUAUUCAGCCAAAGGGAAGAUAUUCAUAUAACUAGACUUGACAGUGAUUAAUAUUGGUUAUUACUUUAUGACAGCAUCAGUUGUAAGUUGUAAGGUCAAGGCAGUGCUGUGCACAGCAGAGAUGCUUUUCUGCAGGCAGCAGUCUCUGCUCAACAGAGUCUGAAGGGUAAAUUGACAGGCAGAGGUAGAGAAAGUCUCUCUCUAAAAUGGGGACAGAAACAAAUUAUUCCCCCAGCUGAGUCCCUUCACUUUCCCUUCCACUACCUUAAUUCACUGUUCUCCCUUAGGCAGGUAACACUGGGGUGGACAACACACACCACAAAUACUCAACAACCAUGGGGAAGGUCCACAGGUAACAGAGCAGAGGUGGUUUAGGAGAACUGAAGAUAGUGGAUUUUAAACACUUAGUUGUCAUUAAAAAGGUUCCUGGAAAGCAUGUAUUCACCAUAAGGUUUAUUUCAUGUGAGAUGAGUCUCAUUUUUGAGAACAGUCACCAAGACUUCAAAGGAAAGUGUCAAGAUUCUACAAUAAGGUGACAUGGCAUAAACUCAGCUGUUACACAAAUUCAGGAUGGGUAUUGUGCACAUCUCUAUUCUAUGGUCAGCAAAUUAGUUCAGCAUGUUCUGUUACCAGACCCAGAAACCUAGCAUGAGUGUGAGAUAAACAAUCUUCCUAACAGGUGAAACCUGAACUCUGAUCAGAGAUGGGAAUUCAAACAGCAGGAUCAUCUCCCAUACCUAAGCUUCCUUCCUCUGGAUCUGUACACAAAUUCUAUCAAAGAAAGAGACUGAAGAGUGUAGGUGGGGGUCUCUGUUAUAAUUUUAAUGCAAAUUGUCACUAACUUAGGAGUUACAUGUCUGUAGCCUUCCCAUUAGGUAUUUAAGAGCAGCAAACAUUACUGAAUUUGGUAUAAAUUCUUUUUGGCAAGCUUAUGUCUCUACCCAAGAACCUGGAAGAACUAAAGAAGUGCCCUUCAUACAAGAAACUCCACUGGCAAGCUUUUUGAAAGAGUUACAAGCAGAAAAAUCUAUUUUAGGAAAAGGGAACUUGUGUUUUCCUGAGAUUGUGACCAACAGAAUAUAUCUGCAAUUAAAGAGUUCAAGCUGGCA